AAAUACCUUUGGGAAGGAUAUAUGUUUCCCAGUUAAAUACAGAAAAACUCAAGUUAUAGGUCAUGUUGUUACUUAGGAAGUCAAUUUUUAAAACAAACAAAGCUUUUCUCACGCUCAUUCUUAGCCAGACAAUUGUAUACGUGGGUUACAAAUUGUAAAACAAGCGGUAUCUAUGCUUCACUCUAAAACCUCCCUAUUUUGGGGUUUUUCCACAGUCGUAAGAAAAUUGGUAGUUUUCCCCCAAAGAAUUCACUACGCGUGAUGAAUUCUCUUGUCCUAAUAUCAGCAAUUUGCAUUCUUCAUCUGGAGAAGGGCAUAGAGGUACUACUAACCAAUGAUGUAUGCCAAUCGAAUGUGUUCUUACAUUCUAUACUCUGAACAUAUGUGUUCGGGGUAUGUUUCUAAGCCAGCAUCCUAAAUAAGGCAUAUGAUGGAAGACUCCGUGUAUGUAACUAAACUCCCCGCUCCACGUGAAGUAUCACCACUCAUACGAACAGCGCGUUGGGGAUUGUUAGCUGCUGGGAUUGUUUAUGGAGCUCUACGCCUAAAAUAUCUUACUAGAAGGGAAAAGAAGAUAUCCGAACGUGACCGUGCAAUUAUAGAAAAAAGAUUGGAAGAGUACAAUGAAUUGUGUGCUCUACAGGCACAAAAAUCUCUGGAGGAGUUAUCUAAAGCAACUGGUGUACCGUUGGAUCAGUAG